UUCUAAGCGUGCACACGCGUAUUCGCGGCACCGUAGCAUCCGGUAGCGGUCCACUCCAAUAAACCAUCGUGGGACGUAGGACAAGACAGUUGUGGUAUCUGGUGGUAUCUUUAUUGUCCAUAGCACCAUGAGGCUGCUAUUGUUUCUCAGCUUAGCCGCUCUUUCUUAUGCGAGCAACGGACCAAAAGUCACCGAUAAGGUAUGGUUUGAUAUCAAGAUUGGUGGUGUUGACCAGGGCAGAGUAGAAAUUGGUCUGUUUGGCAAAACUGUUCCGAAGACUGUAAAGAAUUUUGUGGAGCUUGCCAAGCUUCCAGAAGGUGAAGGAUACAAAGGCAGCAAAUUCCACAGAGUGAUCAAAGAUUUCAUGAUCCAAGGAGGAGACUUCACUAGGGGGGAUGGUACCGGAGGUCGUAGUAUCUACGGAGAUCGUUUUGCUGAUGAAAACUUCAAGCUGAAGCACUAUGGUGCUGGAUGGCUGUCCAUGGCCAAUGCCGGCAAAGAUACGAACGGUUCUCAAUUCUUCAUCACAGUUAAGCAAACACCCUGGCUUGAUGGUAGACAUGUUGUCUUUGGAAAAGUUAUCAAGGGAAUGGAUAUAGUACGCAUUGAACAAACGAGCACUGACUCGCGAGAUAAGCCACAGAAAGAUGUAGUCAUUGCCGAUUGCGGUGCAGAGACUGUAGCGGAGCCAUUUAGCGUAUCUAAGGAUGAUGCCACUGACUAAAUCUCAAUAUUCGCCAACAGCCACAUUAUUCUUUAUGAUCUCUUUAUUUCAUACAAAACGAUCUCUUAGAAACUGCAUGAUUUAAACAGUCCUGUUUUCCAAAUGAACGAGUGACACCAACAAUUAUCUUUGUAUCACAAUUGACUGUUUAACAACAUUCUAAUUACUGCGAGGAACAACGCAACAGUGAUUAUCAACGAAACAACGUUUUGUAGAGUCAUAAGACGUUGAAGCAACAAUCAAGUAAUAAAAUAACAGUUUUUAUUCUAAUUGUUAAAAAUUACGUAUAACUUGCACGAUAAAUUUUGUACGUAAGAUUUUCUACAUUCACGAAUAAACGUAAGUUGUUUAAAGUA